AUGGAGCCUCCACAUACACCUCACCUUCUGGAGCAGAAGCCAAAGAAGAAACGGCAGGAGGCUACUUCACUGGAGGCCAAGCCAAAAAAGACCAGAGUGAAAAAGCAGGAGGAAUCAAGCCCUGCGGAAGAGCCAAGUGCCCCCCGACCAGCUGCUGUCAAAAAAGUGAGAAAGAAAAAGGAAGAGAAGCCAGAAGAAGAAGGUGAGAAGGACCCACCUGCCAAAUGCACCAAAGAGCCCAGGAGGAAGAAGGAAGCUGCCUCUUCUCAUCUCGUUGUGGCCAAGGCAUCAAAAAAGAAACAAGAGGACUCUGAUGAAGAAGAUGAUGAUGAAGAAGAGGAGGAGGAAGAUGAUGUGGAAAGCGAAGAUCCUCCCAAAAAACCCAAAAGGAAGAUCCACAAAGAUGUUCCAUCUGCUGCCAUUAAGGAAAGGAAGCCCAAAAGUAAAGGAGACAAAACUGAAGCUGAUGUCAAGACAAGAACUGUCAAGACGCUGAAGAAGGAACCAGUGUCUGUGUUCCAAGUCAAUGGGGACAAGAAGGAGAAAAAAGUUAAAAAGAAAGAUAUGAAAGAGAGUGAGACAGAAGGUGAUUCUGAUUCCAGCACCAAGGCAACAAAAACUGAAAAAAAGAAGAGCACGGCUUCCAUGUUUCAGGCUGGGGCAGAAGGUGCCAAGGAGAAGAAAACUAAAAAGAAAGCUCCUCCCAAAGCCACUGAAAAUGAAAGUGAGGAUGAGCCCACAGAAGCAGCAUCUCAAAAGAACACCAACAAGAAAGGAAAAACAAAAAAAUCCAAGAAGAAGGAAGAGAGACCGCCUUCCCCAGUCAUUGAAGUGGACAAUCUGGAGGAAUUUGUGGUACAGCCAGCUCCGCAAGGAGUGACCAUCAAGUGUCGGGUCACUCGAGACAAGAAGGGGAUGGACCGGGGCCUCUAUCCUACAUACUACCUUCAUUUGGAUAAUGACAAAAAGGUCUUCCUACUGGCUGGUCGCAAGCGCAAAAAGAGCAAGACCUCUAACUACCUGAUUUCCAUGGAUCCCACUGACUUGUCUCGGGGUGGAGAGAACUUCGUUGGAAAGCUGAGAUCCAAUUUGAUGGGCACUCGGUUUUCGGUGUUUGAUAAUGGCGUGAAUCCUGACAGAGCAAAUUCGGAUUGGUCAAAUGUGCGCCAGGAGCUUGCAGCUGUUGUUUAUGAGACAAAUGUAUUAGGGUUCAAGGGACCUCGAAAAAUGACAGUGAUUAUCCCUGGAAUGAAUUCAGACAAUGAGAGGGUGCCAAUCCGACCCCGAAAUGAUAAUGAUGGGCUGCUCAUCAGAUGGCAGAACAGGAUAAUGGACAACUUAAUCGAACUGCAUAACAAAGCCCCAGUGUGGAAUGACGAGACGCAGUCUUAUGUGCUCAACUUCCAUGGCAGAGUUACUCAUGCCUCUGUCAAGAACUUCCAGAUUGUCCACAGCAAUGACGUGGACUACAUCGUCUUGCAGUUUGGCCGCGUAGCUGAUGAUACUUUCACCCUGGACUACAACUACCCACUGUGUGCUGUGCAAGCUUUUGCCAUCGCCCUAUCCAGCUUCGAUGGGAAGCUGGCUUGUGAGUAGCACGUCAUGCCUAGGUUGUCCCGAGUCUGGGCCAGAGAGGCGGAAUAAAAACAAAGCCCCUUCUAUCUGGACUGUCUGCUGCAGACAAGAAUUUGUCUGAUAAUAUAAAGCAAAUGAGAUAGUGUGAACAGGAAGAACAGCUUAACUGGUAUCUCUAAAUGUUUCCAACAUGCAACUGGGCAAAGAAGAAGAAGAAGAAGAAGAAGAAGAAGAAGAAGAAGAAGAAGAAGAAGAAGAAGAAGAAGAAGAAGAAGAAGAAGAAGAAGAAGAAGAAGAAGAAGAAGAAGAACAACUUGCAGAAUCAAUAAGCACCAACACAUAUUCACAGGGUAGGUUUAGUUGGCAACACCACAUGCACACACAUGUCCUUGGCAUUUGCCUUGUAAAAGAAACAGUGCUCAAGCCCCAGCAAAACAGCCGCUUUACGCUGCAGUGUUCUGGAAGGUCCAUAACUCUAGGACGCUAAAAAACAAAACAGAAAAAAAAAUAGUCUCUGUUAAGUUACUUACUGCCAAGGGAUUUGGAACCAGCUAAUGGUCUCAGGCUAUCAAAUAGUCACUUCCUUAACAGUCAAGACUAGUCAUUGUUUGGUUCUUUGAAUCCCAGGAGAAUUUGACUUCUUUAGAUUAUUGGUAGGGUGGUGGGUUCUCUUUGAUAAUUUAUAAUUUACAUGUGGAAGUUUUACAUUGAUGCUGGGGUUUCUUUUCUCUCUACUGAUAACCAUCAAUAAAACAGUAAGUGGUGGGACAAGCUCCAAUUUCUUGACAUUUUAAAAAUCAUGGUCUGCCUAGCUACUAAUCUAAACUAGUUAGAUGUAAAUGUACCGGUAUAAGUUGCUUUUGGGGUAGUUAUUCAAUUUGUAUUUAUAUAAUUUGUAACUCUGGCAUCUAACAGCUUACUUUCAGUACUGCUGUGGAAUUGUUGGGUGAGCUGGGCGACCUCUCAA